CGCCCUGGCCCGCUCCAGGCGCGCCCCCCGCGCCGCCGCCGCCGCCGCCGCCGCUGCAUGGCCCCCGGGCCCGCCAUGACUUCGGUGCAGUGCGCAGCCCGAGCCGAGGAGCCGCCGGCCCAGCCCCGCAGCAAGGCGGGCCCCGCGGGCGCCAUGCGGGCCGAGGAGGCGGAGGAGGAGGAGGAGGAGGGCGAGGAGGAGGAGGGCGAGAAGCCCCGCGCGGCUCUGCUGCCCUUCAGCGUGGAGGCGCUCAUGGCCGAGCCCCGCAAGCCUGGGAGCGGCGCCCGCGAGGGCCUGACCGAGCGCGGAGGGCACGCGGCUCGCCCGCCGGCAGCCCCCAGUCCCCGGCCCAGGAGGGCUUCCGCCUCGCCGCCGGCCCUGCCCGGCCCGUUCGGCGCCGGAGCCUUCGUGAAAGUUCCCGCGGAAGCGCCGGUCAAGGCCGAAAGCCCGCCCUGGAGGCCCGCCCGCCGCUUCUCCCCGUCGCCGCCAAGGCGCUCCAGCCCGCCGGCCUGCACGCUCCGCAAGCACAAGACCAACCGCAAGCCCCGCACGCCCUUCACCACGGCGCAACUCCUGGCGCUGGAGCGCAAGUUCCGCCAGAAGCAGUACCUCUCCAUCGCCGAGCGCGCCGAGUUCUCCAGCUCGCUCAGCCUCACCGAGACGCAGGUGAAGAUCUGGUUCCAGAACCGGCGCGCCAAGGCCAAGCGGCUGCAGGAGGCCGAGCUGGAGAAGCUGAAGAUGGCCGCCAAGCCGCUCCUGCCGCCCGCCGCCGCCGCCGCCUUCGGCCUCUCCUUCCCGCUGGGCAGCCCGGCCGUGGCCGGCGCCUCCCUCUACGCCUCCGGAGGCCCCUUCCAGCGCGCCGCCAUGCCCGUGACGCCCGUCGGGCUCUACGCGGCGGCGCACGUCGGCUACAGCAUGUACCACCUGGCCUAGGCCGAGCGCGGGAGCGGCCCGGACCCUCCGCUGCCCCGGCGGGGCCGCCCCGGACGGACGAGGCGCCGCGGCUCUCGGCGGCCUCCCCGCGAGAGAGGAGCGCGGCGCCCCGUGUACCAUACUGUACAGUCGAAAAAGUUAUUAUCGUUUAUAUUAAUAGCUAUAUUUGAUAAAUAAAUUAAUUUUAAACGAC